GCACACAUCCAUGGGUUUGGUGCUGUACAUACGGAAAUCACACGUACUAGUUUGGGGCUGCCUUACAGAAAAUCUAUAGUCUUGUUCGACAAGUUAUACUCCUCCAAAUAUACGGACCUUUCUACGUCACGGUACACAUACAACCAGGCAAAUCUAGUCGACUACAGAUGUGUAUGCAGAGGUGUGUCAACAGCUUCAGAGCAUUUCUUCGUUAUCAAGGGUUACUGAAUCACGGAAUCCCCUGUUACUGGCACAACCACUGAAUCCCAAUCUGUAGGAUUCGGAAGUAUGGCAGAAGCAGCAGCUGAUCAACAGAGACGAGGAAGGAAGAACAAAGGCACACCUGCCGAUUCCAGGGACGUCCAGCUGUCCAAGAGUCUGUCCUGGUUACUGAGACAUGGUGUCAACUCUGUUGGACUUACAUUCCUGCCAGGUGGCUUUCUUUACGUAUCAGACAUACUCAAACUUCCUCGGUUCUCCAAGUUCACAUUGGAGGAAGUGAAGAGUGUGGUUACCAGCAACGACAAACAGAGAUUUACUCUAGAAACUGACCCAGAUAAUGGACAGUUGAUGAUACGAGCAAAUCAAGGACAUUCUGUUCAAGUUGAUGACCUUCAACUGACCCCCAUCACAGAUGGCAGCGAAUACCCGCUCAUCAUUCAUGGGACUUACCUUCACGCCUGGAACAACAUUAAGUCUCAGGGAUUGAAAAAGAUGAAGAGGAAUCAUAUCCACUUUGCAGCUGGGGAGCCAGGAGAAGAUGGAGUCAUCAGUGGAAUGCGGAAGUCCUGUGAUGUGAUGAUCUAUGUUGAUGUAGCAAGAGCUCUAGCAGCGGGUGUCAAGUUUUUCAAGUCUGCAAAUAAUGUGAUAUUGAGUCCAGGCAUUGAUGAUGGAGUUAUCCCCCCUAGUUGCUUCAGCAGAGUCAUAAACAGACGUACAGGAACUGAGCUGCUCUAUGGGGAUGAUGUUGACCCAAGUAUAGACGGUGGCAAGGUCAGUGCUGUCACUGCAGAUGAUCUUGCUGAUGAAAUGGAGAUGUCUCGCAAACAGAGGAGGAAGAAAAAGAAGCAAAAGAACAGCCAACCUGACUGAAGUUCAGCGCUUUGAGGGAGGAUCCUUUUGAUGUCCUUGGGAUUAGAUAUGGGAAGAUUGUUUGAAUGAAUAGUUCGUUCAGAGAAAUGCUUGUUGGAUACAGGUGGGAUGAAAAUAGAUUGAACAUAUGCCUCCAUCAAAUACCCUAUACAUCAAAUAGAUUCUACCUUCAUACCAUUUUAAAGCACGACGUUAAACCAAAUUUCACCUCAACUCACCUCAUACCAUUUUAUAUGACUAAAUAGUGCCUAUUUUGAAACAUUUGAUAUAUUUCUAUGGUCAUAUGUUAAUGUUUUCAUCUGUUAUAUCGUUGGAAUUUGUUUUGUUGUAAUCAUAGGGGAUGUAAUUUCUUUCUUAUUUCAGGCUCAAAAUAAUGCAGAUUUGUUUAUUGUGCUCUUAUUUACUUCAUUUUACUUAUAUGUCCAAGUUCAUACUAGUUCCUAAGGGUAUUUCUCAAUAUGUCAUGGAAGGAAAACCUGAAAUGAUGACACCAGUAAAACUACAUUAUGAACAUGCAGUAUAUCUUGUUAAUUCGCAGUAUUUGACUAUGUCUCUUUAAGAUGUAGUUUUGAUUUUGAAUUUCUUGUACAGAAGCUGGUUUUUUAACAUUUGAGAAUGUUGUGAUCCUCAUAAUAAAGAAGCUGACAUCCAUAAAACUCUCAUCUUUAUGUUGACAUUAAAUGCCAUUAAGACCUGAUUUUAUUUUGUUUUGUUACCAUAGUUAUUGCAUUAAAUGGAUUUUUAUUUCUACCCAUACAGCAUGAUAUUUCUUCAGUUUCAGUCUAACUGAGAUCUUCAGGUAUUGUGUGGAAGCCCGCAUUACAUUACAGUCGACCUUCUGUAGUUAUAUUUUGUUACUUUUUAUGUCUAUAUCAUAUGGCAUUUAUGUUGAUAUGCAAUGUAAAUUUUCAUUUGUUUUGAUCAUGUCAAUACAAGUUCAUUUUAUGUAAUGCAUUUGAAGAGAUGAAUGAAAAAUAUGACCUUUCUCUUGAAUCUAAGACAUUCACCUGGUUCCUGUCUGUGAUGAUAAAGUAUUUUGGUUAAAGUG